UAUCCUCCCCUCCUCCUGGCUACUCCCUUGAUUGUGGCCUCGAACUCCUUUCUCACCAGCCCAGUCGAGCGCCGUCAAUACAUCUACGCCAAUGAUCUCGACACUGGCAAUUGCAAGGAUACCAUGUUCAUCUUUGCGCGUGGAUCCACCGAAGUCGGCAACACUGGCACCGUUGUUGGUCCCGAAGUCUGCAUCGACCUGAAGACUCAAUUGGGAGGCGCCGUGGGCUGCCAGGGAAUCGGCGGUGACUAUACAGCCGGUCUGGCUGAGAACUUCCUGCCCGAUAACACCGCGCCGCAGGAUGUGCAGGCUGCAGUGGAUGUGUUCAACAAGUGUAACACUAAAUGCCCAAAUGCGAAGAUCGUCGCGGGUGGGUACAGUCAGGGAAGUGCCGUCAUCGACAACGCGAUUCAGAAGCUGGACUCGGACGUGAGAGAUAAGGUCAAGGGUGUUGUUCUGUUUGGAUUCACGCGCAAUCUGCAGGAUGGUGGCCGUAUCCCCAAUUAUCCCAAGGAUCAGACUAAGGUCUUCUGUGCCAUUGGUGACUUGGUCUGUGAUGGAACGCUUAUCAUUACCGCCGCCCACUUAACUUAUGGCGCCAAUGCUAAUGAGGCUGCGACUUUCCUGGCUUCGAAGGUGAAAUAA